GGAAGAGGAAGAGGAGGAGGAUAGGCAGGAUUCCGUAGCCAUUUUGGCUCAAGGGUGUUGUUCGCACGGAGGUGUUCUUUGGGCAUAUUGCCAGCGAGGCGCCAUGACGCCGACGACAUUGGCAUUGAUUGUCUCAGCCCUGUUGUAUGCCAUCCUACCUGCUUCUGGCGAGAUCUUCCAUCUCGACAAGAGACUCAUCCCAGCCGCUUACUCGCUCCAGGGCCUCAUGGCCUUCACGGUCUACGUGCCUCUGGAUGGGCCGACGGCGCAAGCUGGGGGCAGCCCUUUUGUCGAGUUCAAUGGUGUACAGGCGCACUCUACCGACCUAACAAAUGAUGAUGAGACCCUUGCACACUAUGGGAGCUUCCAGCUCUCGCUGAUCAGCAUGGACGAGUACGAUCAACGUAUCAGCAAGGGCCCCACCUGCGACCACAAUGGCCAGCUGUCCAACGAAGGAGCCUCCAUGUCGAAGUACAACGUCGGUUUCGGGUUCACCAAGACGCAGUUCAUGCACAGCGAUAUCAACAAGACAGGCGUGCAUGUCCUGCUCAUGUCGAAGAGUGGAAGCUUCCCUCAAGACGAGGUAACGGGUCAGGUCGUUGUGAGGAAUACGUUCGGUUGCAUGUCCGCCAUCCAAUACCACAAGCUUCGGGAAUUCUAGAAUGCCUGCUGAUUCUGAUCACAGUGGUUUCGUCCUACUCGUCCUACCUUUUCAUCCUUGUGAUCUCGCAGGGCUGGAGGAUGACAGAGGCUCUGGAGGACUGCACGCUGGUCAAGAUUCACGUGUUCGGGCUCAUCCGGGUCUAUUUUAGAAACUUGCGUGAAGCUGCCAUGGUUCAUCGGCAUUGCUUUCACAUCUCCUCCAAUUUCGUGACCAUGACGGCCCUUGGCGCUGUGACAACCGCCAGCAUACUUUUCGCUUGGAUCCUCAUGUCCCUCGCCGGGCUCCCCAAGAGCCUCAAGAAGCGCAACCUGGAAAACCAGUUGAAGGCGGUCUCCCGUUUUGCCGUCGCCUUUCUCGUCGGGGUCGUCGCGAGCGUCCUAGGGGCGCUCGUCCAGCUCCUGGACUGCCUGGGCUCCCUGGCAGCUCCUUGGAAGCACCAGUACCUCGCCGAUGGCGGCCUUGCACAUGUCAUCAUCGUUAUGUGGAUGUGGAUGCCGUCGGCCGACUCGGGGCAGCUGGGCUACGCCGCCCCGAUCUGCCAGAACGACGAUGACGGCCUGUGGAAGGAGGACGUCGCCGACAAGUACGCGGAAGAGAACGGUGGCAGCAAGAUCGCCUUGGCCGCUGUUGGAGCGGCGGACGAUGACCUCUGAUCCCCCUGAGGGCAGGCGCUCAGCUCUAGGGGGGUAGGCAGGAUGACCUGAGUAAACCCAUGAUAUUUCGAUGAUGCUGCAGAGACCCCGGAGGAAGAACAGGAUGACCUGAGUAAGGUCAGGAUACGUCGACGAUGCUGCCGUACAUCCCAGAGGGGU